AUGCAGAGAUACGACUCGGAGAUGCUAUCAAACAUGCUGUCUUCAAGAUCCUACCUGGAACUAUCAGACGAACAGCCUCAAGAAGAACAAGAAGAAAAAGCGCCCGCAUCAGGAAGAAACAAGAAGAAUUAUAUACAACCCAUAGGGCAACCAAGCCCCGAGGUCAAAGAUGAACCAGAGCGUCAUCUAAGACCCCGAAAGAAGCCCACCACCCCCAUAGCACCGGAGAUCCCCGAGCAAGCCGAGAACACAGACUCAGCAGCUCCGGAUCGACCCGCCCGGAAAAGAGGCCGACCGAGACGGGAAACCGUGAAAGAUGCCGCAGCCAUCGAGGAACGCCGGCUCCAGAUCCGGCGGGCACAACGCACCUACCGGCUAAAAAAAGAGGUCACGAUCCAGACGCUACGAUCUCGCGUCGACACCCUAGAGCAAACCCUAGAGAGCGUCUCAGCUCUCCUCCAAGAUGCAGAAGCAGACAGCACCGCCACUCCGAGCGCGCAUCUCUCCCGCGCCCAAGCCCUCAUCCUCGCAGAGAUAGCCAAGUCCAUAUCAACGGAGCAAACUCCGGAGCAACCAGAAAGGGACAUAUUCGGCUAUCAAGUCUCGCACAGCUCCAACCCAACGCAAAGCAGCCGCACGAAUGGCGCGCGCUCCCCAUCCCCACUCCUCAACCGCAUCCUCCCAACAGCAACAAUCUACACUUACAGCCACCAAGAAUCCGACCUCUCGCGGCGCCUGCACAGAUUCAGCCUAGAGCAUAUCUACCGGUGGCUAACAGACGGCAAUACGGCGCCUGCGCAGCUCACGCGCAUCUUCGCGCUCGUCCCCUGCAUCCACGACAUGCCGGGUAUACGGCGGACGUUCCGGCGCACGCUACGGUCCGAGAUUGGGACCAGUCUUGAGGCUGUCAAGAUGCCUUACUAUACGCUCGGCGGGGCGGGGAGACAUUUCCCGCGGUUGCAGGACGGCAGGCCUGUUUUCCCGGAGAAUAUGCGCCGACCGGGGAGGAUAUUGAGGCGGUUGGAGAGGAUUCUGGAGCGGGGUGGGAUUUGGGGGUGGGAUGAGGAUUGGAGGGAGGUUGGGGUUUGUGGAGACGGGAUGGGGGAGAAGAGGAUGAAGGAGUUGGAGCUUGAUGGGGAGUGGUUUGAUUGUCAUGAUGUGCAAGGGUAUUUGGAGUCCAGGGGAUUUGUGAUUGAUUCGGCUGUUAGGUUGAGGGUUCCUGGGGGGUUGGUUGCAGAGCUGUUUGGGGCGGCUGGGUAUAAGAAAGCUCAUACUCUUGAUAUGGAGUGCUUCUUUGAUUUGUUGCUCGCCAACCUCCGCAUCCUAGGCCGCGCCCCGGGGUUCCGGGCAUGGGAUGUCGACGCUGCAUUACGGGGCGCGAUUUCCCGUCGACCGUUUGAAGGGGAAAUUUUAUAA